AUGGCUGUAGUAUCUGCGACCUCUAACGGCGCGACUGAGGAUGCAGAAGGGAGCAAAGCUGGGUGGCUGUCCAAGAAAACUCAGUUCACACGUCGCUGGAGGCCAGCAUGGUUCCAGAUAAAUCAGUCCAGACUCCUCUACGGACCAAACGAAAAGACUGCAGCCAAGACAAUCAGCCUGAUAGGAGCGCGGGUUGAGGCACUGGAGGACGACGGACGUUUUGGCUGGGCUAUAACUCCAAAAAACAGUAAAAGGACCUUCUUUCUGCGGGCUGGCUCAGCUGAGGAGCAGCAGGAAUGGAUGGUGGCCGUUUGUGAAGCGCAGAUCAAGUCUGGAAAGCAUGCAUCAAAUGCAUGUGUUGUGCAGUAG